AUGGAAUUAAUGGACGAAAAAAUUAAUAAAAAAGGUAUAUGCGCAAGUGAAAACCUUGAUAAUGAACUUUUGAAUAUCUGGCAAUCUAUAAUUACAUCCCAAAAAACAAUCUUACAAAUAAAUAAUGAUUUUAAUAUAAUGACGAAUACAUUACCUAGAACUUAUAUUAAUUCAAGUUAUGACAUCUCUAAUAAGUUUAUUCAAACAAAUUUAUUAGAAAAUGAUAUAGACCCCUUGAAUAAAUAUGCAUCUAACCUAAAUGAUAAACAAAAAAAAGCCUAUUACCUUGUAUGCAAUCAUUGUCAAAGAAACCAACCAAUAAACCCCCAAAAGCCGUCACAAUUACUUCUCUAUUUAUCUGGUGCAGGUGGAACUGCCCUGAUAAGAAUAGCUGCUACAAAUAUUAAAGGAAUUACCAUUCACUCUGCAUGCGGAUUAGGGGAUUUUAUGCAACUACCACCGGUUCUAGACCCUGCGCUCUAUAUGCCUGACAAAAUAUAUAAUAUUAAAUCAUCACUAAAUAUUCAAUCAACUAAUGAUAAUUCUACUCCAAAAACUAAAAAACAAAAACUAAACAUGAAUAUUUCAUCAAUUAAUACUCGCACAGUCAUGAAUACAAUAGGAAGAAACCUCUAG